AUGUAUAACCAACGUAAAUAUUGGGCUAAAGCCUUCUUGAAAGAUUGUUUCUUUGCUGGCAUGACAUCAAGUGGAAGAAGUGAGAGUAUUCAUUCUUUUUUUUAUGGAUAUAUAAAUUCCAAGACCAUGUUGAAUGAGUUCGUAAUACAGUAUGAUAAAGUUGUUGAGGCUCGAAGGGCUGCCGAAGAAGAUGAAGACUUCAAGACCAUGAACUCCAAGCCAGUUCUUUCUUCUGUUAAUUUGAUAGAGGCAAAAGCGAGUUCAUGUUACACAAGAAAACUCUUUGAUGUAUUCAAAAAAGAAUGGGUUGAAGCUACCUUCAAUUUAACUCAUGAUACCAUAAGCAAGACUUCUGAACAAAUCAUAUAUAAGGUUGGACAAGUGGAUAUAGAUAAAAUAUAUUGGAGAAAUGUUAACUUUCGUGUCUCAGAUAAGAUAGAUGUCACAUGUUCAUGUGCAAAGUUUGAAACAUAUGGGAUAUUAUGCAAGCAUAUCUUGUAUGUCUUGAAGAAGAGACAUGUUGAAACUCUACCUGAUCAUUAUAUUUUACCUAGGUGGACUCUAGAUGCAAGAAAAGCGAUCGAACAAGCAAGAGACUCCCCGGUUGAGAUAAAGAAACUAAACAUUCUCCUUUUGAAGUUUUUAGAAGAGCAAAGUAUUCGAACAAGGUCGAAACAAUUAGAGACCGCUUCACAAGAUUCUAUGGCAGGAAGGUCUCAGAUGGAAGAGUCGUUACUAGAAAGAGAAGGAUGA